ACAUAGCAGGGACACAGCAACACAGAGAGAUUACUGCGGACAAGAGUUCAGUAAAUAGACAGACAAACAGACAGAAGAGGGAGGCUGUAGUAGAUCACUGGCAGAUGAGUGAAUGACCAGAUUUUCAGUGGUUUCCAGUGAUACAAUAUACACAACAGUGAUAAACAAACUGAUUGCCAGUGAUUAAGGAAACUGAAAGAAAGGGAGAAAUGGGUCAGUUGUCCCGGGCCCAGGAAGAGAUAGGGCCAAAAAUUGUAUCCUCAAUACAUUUGGGUGAAGGGCCCUCUGCUGACUUUGUCCUGGGCCAUGCCAAAGCUGUCAGUGGCCCUGCCCUGGUGGUAGCCAAAGUAUGUGGCCUUUUCUGGGAGGCCAUUUUGUGAAAUGCCAUGUUUGCUCAACUCUGAUGGUACAACACACACUUCACACAACACAGAGCGUGUUACGGUAAAUGAUCUAAUCACAAGUUUGGAAAUGAACUACUGUGAAACUGACUCAAGCGGAUGCUCAAAUGUGACACUUGUUCGGUGACACAUGAGUUGUAGUGAGUGUGGAUUUGAGGCGUUAAAAAAACCACAUCCUGUUUUUUUUCUCCCCCAACAACACUAUGAUCCUUCUAUCACUAUGACAGUCAAGGAGGAAGUUUUUUUGUCGUCGCUAAGAUAUGAUUGGUCCCCUGAGAUUUCCCAGAAAGCCACAGUAGAGCUGGUGCCUCGACAUCACAAGCAGAAGUGGUGUAGGAAGUGGAGGACAAUGCGACAUGAGAGGAAAAAAGAUCAGCUAUGGCGCUGUACUCUCAGAUGAUUUGGGUGCUGUUUUCUGUGGCUGUCUGCGUGUGCCAUGUCCUCGCUGAAUCGACCCUGGCUUCCUUGCUCGAUGGGAGUAACGCCAUGGCAACCCCUGCAGUAACCAUAACAAACCUCAGGUUCAGCACGACGUCGGAAGAAUUAGCCGUGGGAGGCGUUUCAUCAUCACCAUCAAGAGUAGAAGAAGAAGCGACGACAACAAUGGCAGUUCAAACUACAACACCAUCAGCAGCACAGUCGGACGUCAGCAGCACAGACAACACAGAAAAACUGGACCAUGCAGAUGGAACUACGGCAGAUUCAUCACUUGAAAAAACAAACAUUUUAUGGUCAACCCUCGGAUUGACUACAACAAAUGGGGAGACAAACACACUAAACACUAACACUGACGGGUUGGCUGCUCAUACAGCUUCCACACCUGCAGCACAGCCGCAAGCCACAACCUCAUCCUUUCUCACUGUCAUUUCCACUAAAGAGCAGACCACCACCACCACUCAGAUCACAGGUUUGGGUCCCACCACAGCAGAGGAGCACUGGCUCUCCCAGCAGACGUCAGGCCCAUCUCCUCCUCCACAAGGGCCUAAGGCCACUGCUGGCCCUUGGGGAGUCGUGGCCAGCUCACAGACAACCCCCCCUGGGCCUGAGAGUAGCAACACUGUGGCAGUAACGCACCAGGCUUCAGUCGAUGGGACGAAUGACACCGAUUGGAGUGUAAUCCACACAGAGUCCAGUGCAGCAGGUUUGGCCGAAUCCUCAGGCGACACCGAAUCCACCAUGUCUCCCACGGGGCAUUCGACUCAGUCGGAGCCAGACAGCACUGGGACAGAGAGGGAAGGGGAAACCCUGACCGGCAGCACGCCAGCGAGGCAUGACGCAACGACGCCUGAGGCAGACACUACCACAACCUCAAGUGUCCAGCUCAAUGUCACAAUAACUGACAAUGACACACACACCACCACCACACCCACCACUAGCAGCCUCAGCACAAACCUCAGGACGAUAUUCGCCACUCUCAAAACGACAGCAGCAACGGCACAUACCUCUCCAGCUCCAACAGCACACACAUCUACGAGCACGGACAUGGAGAGUGGCACGUCAAACCUCAGUCUGUCUGUCGCCAUCACCGAUAGCACUUCAUCACCCCUCAACUCCUCCACCCUGCCACCACCACACACGGUGACCACACUCUCAUGGGUGACAACAUCAACAGGGGACAGCACAAGCCCAAAGGACCCACAGAGUCGCACCACUACUAUCUCCUCAGACUGCCCUGAGGUGGUCUCCACUCUGCUCUCCACCAAGCUGACCCUCUUCCUCACCAUGUGGGUGCUGGCCAUGCUGGCCUCCUUCUUCCUGGGCCUCAGCAUCUUCCUGUGGGCGCGGCUGAGCGCGGUGAGGAGGAGCGGCAGCUGGAUGGUGCAGAAAGAGAGAGAGAAAGAUAGAGGGAGAGGGGUCAACGGGAGAGCGGGAGGUGGAGGAAGAGGAGGAAGAGGAGGAGGAGCGCAGGAAAGGGGAACUGCGGAGGAGUGCGACAGCCUGUGGGCGAGCCCCAGCGCCACUGUGGAGGAGAGAGUGGAGUUCUGGUACGCCAACGCCACCAUGACCAACAGCAGCGACCGCCACAGAGGGAGGCGGGACUCAGACAGGAGGAGGAAUGGCAGCGAGAGGAAGAGGGAGGUGAUGAACGGGGGGCUGUGGUCUCAGCCCAGAGUGACUGUUGCGGAUAUCACAGAGUUUUGGUACGGCCGGGACAAGGCCCGGAAUCACCAGACAAUACCGGAGGAGGAGGAGACUCACUAUGUGUAGACUGAGAGUGCAUUCCAAUAGGCACACUCCCAUCCUCCACUUGUGCUUGUGGCCUCACCCCGCCUCCUGCCCCCGCCUCCCUGGAGAAAACAAUAAAGUUUCCCAGCUGUCAGUUUAGCCAAAACUAUUUUUGGGGGACUAUUCUUCAUUCACCAUCCAGUUUGCAAAUGAGAAAAUUACUUUACAAUUGAGUUUUUGCGAGAUAUUGAAAUAUAAUGCUGUUGUCGGUGAUGUCAUCAUGACAUAUUACUUCCUGGUACGAGGCCACAAGCACAAGUGGAGGACGCAAGGUCGCAUAUUGGAACGCAGACUGAAUAUGGACAUGGAUUAAAAGGACACAAGUGCACAAGGACAGAAGGACUGUGUGUAUGACACAUGCUGUGCAAAUAAACUUGCCUUGCCUUGCCUACAGACACUGGACCAAUACGUUUGAGCCUCACAAUUUUCGUCUGCUACUGUGGGCCAUUCAUUUGUAUAUUAAUGUAUUAAAAGUAGUCAAUUAUUCUGUGUUUUGUCUUAUAAAGUAAAUAUUUGUUACAACCAUGAUCCUGUUAUUUGUCAAAGUGCUCAGUUCUGGACACGCAUGCAUUUAGUGGAAGCUGCUGCCUCAGGUGUUUGAGAAACGUGAGACUGUUCACAUGUGCAAGGCAGGAAGAUGUUGCAGUUAUGGGAGAUUGCUUUACAGAGAAAGAGGAAAUGAUACUGACUUUUCAUCCGUUCAGGGAACACACCCUCUGCUGGCACUCACUAUUAGAGAACAGAUUAUGCCACCUAAUUAAAUGUCACCUUUGCGUACUGUGCAGGCCAAAAGUUUGGACACACAUUCUCAUUCAAUGCAUUCUCUUUAUUUCCGUGGCUAUUUACAUUACAUUGCAGACUCGCACGGAGGGGAUCAAAACUAUGCAUGAACACAUAUAGAUGUAUGUGCUGGAUAAAAAAUACCAAUUCUAGUAUUUGUCAAACAGCGAUGUCAGCUGUCUAUAUAUCUGAUGUCAACACGGCAUAACUGAUGGUCCCAUACAUUUCAAAAGGCUUAUUUUUGUCUAUUUUCAAGUAAAAACACCCAGUCAGUGAAGUCAACACAAGUGUCAUCCAAUUACUCAUUACAAUUGUAGAACUACAGAUUUAACCCAUUGAUGUCUGAUGUUGCAUUGCGCAACAAAGUCUCUGUUUGUUUGAGAUGAACACAUUCUAAUGAAAGAUGAGCAACUUAGAGCAUAUUUUUAUGUGCUUCAGAAGCUGAGAUAUUUCGUUUUUUAUAGGCUGUGGGCAGCUUUUCUUAAAAAAGGGCUCAGGCAUUCAGCACCCUUUUUUGCAGGUGCCUUAGGCGUCAAUGGGUUAAGAUGUUUAAACCUUGUUUUAGGCAUGUACUGUACAUACCAUUCAAGCACAUGCAAGUACAUGCAAAUACUGUAUUUGCAAGCAUGCAUAACUCAUUUAGACAAACAUUGACAAAGACACAAUCGACAAAAGGACAAACUCACUAAUAAAUG